UCCUCACACCUUCCUCCACAGCCUUCUCUCUCUCUCUCUCUCUCUCUAUUCUUUCUCUCUCUAAAUUUUCACAGGUUUCUUUUUCUGCGAUAUGCCACAAGUUGAUUUGGAAACACUAGUUUCGGCGUGCGCUGGUGGCUCAAUGGAUCGGAAAAUCGCCUGCGAGACGCAGGCCGACGCCACCACCGCCGGACACGGCCGGCCGGAGGAUGACGUCGAGGAACAGGAGGUUCCGCCGGAUUUCCCGCCGGAAUCCUUCUGGCUCUCGAAAGACGCAGAGUACGACUGGUUCGACCGCAACGCCUUCUACGAGCGCAAAGACUCCACCAAAGGAAACUCCAACGCUAAUAACUUGAAUUCGAAUCAAAAUUCGCACUCGAAUUCAAACUCGCAGCGGUUUUCGAUGAACUUGAAGUCGAAGGCGGCGAUCAUCGGGCUUCCCAAGCCGCAGAAGCACAACUACACCGACACGAAGAAUCGGCGGCACUGCAAGGCCGGAAACACGAGGCUGUUUCCGAAACGGUCCGGAUCCGUCGGAAAAUCGGACGCUCCGAUGAUCGAGCCGUCGUCUCCGAAGGUCUCGUGUAUGGGGAGGGUGAGAUCGAAGAGGGAUCGGAAGAAGCGUCGGGUCAGGAAUCGGCACAGACAGUCGGCCGAGACGUCCAUAGAAAAGUCCGUUAAACCGGUUUCCGAGAGACGAAAACUCGGUUUCUUCGCGAGUUUUCGGGCGAUUUUUCGUCACGGCGGACACCGGGACAAAUCGGCGAAAACGCCGUUCGUGGACGACUUGCCUCCGAGAAACAGCAGCGUGAAGUCGACGAGAGCGCGCGACAGAGCGGCAGCGGACGAUGUCGACUCGCUUCCAAGACACAGCGUGGAGAGCGAACCGCCCGGUUUGGGUGGCAUGAAGCGGUUCGUUUCGGGUCGGAGGUCCGGGUCGUGGGUGGGCGAUGGCGGUAUCGACGUUGCGUAGUUGGUGGGCGUCUCGGAAAACUGAGAGGGAUACAGUCACGAGGAAGCAGCAGGUGGGUUGCGGGCGUGAUUGGUUGUCUGAGUGGGACCCGCUUCAUCCUGUUUAAAUCGUGGUUGGGAUGACGUGGCACGUUGAAUAACGGUUUCCCUCCAUACCCGGGUUAGAGGAACGUAAUUUAAACGCGGGUUUAUAAGUAAGAGCACAUGCACACAUUUUUUGUACUCAUGUCAAUGUGGUUACGUACACAUCAACUUGCUUUCGGUGAGUUAGGCGCUUUUGCUACGGCUAAUUAUUGUGAUAAUUAAUUGAUUAUAUAUAUAUUUUUAUUGAUAAUUUAACAGAUUAGGAUUCUUGGAAAAAUCCAAGCAUUGACCACAUGUGAAUUGAGGAGGGUAGGAACUUUAGUGGAUGGCGGAAAAGGAGUUUUGGCCUACCACACUAUAACUUGUGUUGUCUUACCUACUUUUUCGAUUUUGGUACUCUUUCUUUUCAAAAUAAUACAGGUAGAUGAUUGGGGGUCAGUCUAAUGGCGGGAGAAGGGUAUUCCCUUUAGAAGGUAAAAAAUAGGGAAGUGGAACCUACAAGUACCAUUUAAUCAAACAUUGUACUAAUGUCAUCUAAUCAUCAUCAAAUGAAGGGAAGCAUCAUAAGAAAUUCAAGAAAACUUUUGCUUCGUUUGAGCAUUGUGUCGAACACUUAUAGAGAUGGGUAAACGGUUAAAGUUGCAUAAAAAAA